AUGGGGUUCCCCUCGGGUAUCGUUGUGGUCCUGAAGCGCGACUGGACUCCCAUCAGUCGGAUUCGCAAAAGGUACGAAUUUGACGGCUCAGGUCGCCUUUUCUUUCCAGAACUCAUUGUUCUGCAAAAAGACGCCAUUGCCUGGCUUCCAAGACAAGAGUCCUUCCGGAAAGCCGGUGACUAUCGCGAAUGGGUCUACAUCGCACUCUAUUAUCCGUCUCUACCGGUUCUCUUGGAUGCAAAUGGAAGCGGGAGUAUUCAUUGGGAUUCCUUGGAGGGCUACGAACACCCGUAUGAUGAGCGCCUGGUCGAGAUUCCUGUCUCCCAUCUCAGCGCUGAAGUCUUUAUCCUUCGAGAUUUCGUGCCUAGAGUGCCUGAAUACGAUGCUCUAGCUGCCCGAUAUCCUCCUGGAGAAGUAGGCAUCUUCUUGAAGGGCGAUAUAGCCACGCACGAGGACUUCUCCAUGCACCCUCCCAUGAUUCUCAGGCCUUGUGAGUCUUCUGCGAGUGGCGGUCAAAGGCGACAGCCGGGAGUAGCUUCGACUACGCUCACAUCGAAGUCAGUCGAGCCUCACUCAGGGCCCUUGUUGCCUUACAUCCAGGCUUCGACUGACCUCGAUCGCAAGGCACCACCGAACUUUCCACACGUGACACCCUACCUCCACCACCUUCAAUGGAGUACACAUAGGAAGAAGCCUUCAUAG